AUGGCACAAGUUCCUAGCGUCGAGCCGGGUCAGAUUACCCUGCAAACCCUGAUGAAUAUCAGGAAGUAUGCAGAGGGUAUCAACCCAGGGGUGAGUAGCCGUGUAACAGCGGCGGACUACGAAAGUAUCGUAGUUUCCACUGUCCAGCACCUCAGCGGCCUUUUGCUGAGACGUGUAAGUUACACGCCCCCUGCCUCCUUGGUCAAGGAGUUGUCGGAGACGGUCGGUUCCCUUUCGAGGGCAUGUGCCGACCUGUCGUCCGCGUCUCCCGUGGUUGCGAAGAAAUCUUCGCAAGCACAAACCAAGGGGUCAAGAAAGACUACUGCCAAUCCUCCUCCAAAAAAGGGUGGAAAGGCAAAGUCUCCCAGCAAGUCGGGUUCGGCAGAUCAGAAAUCUGUCGCUCCCGCUGGAGGCUCCGGGCGCCAGGGCCCGAGUUCGACGAAAGGUCUCCGGGACCAGGUUCUGCGAAACGCUCUUAGAGCGAUGCGAACCUGGGGGCCAGUCCUUAAAUAUUUAGGGAUUAGCGAACAGGAGAUUCGUCGUAGCGUAGCGGAUAUCCCGCUUAAGCGACUUGAAGGGCAGGAUAAAUCUAUCCCGCCCCUCAUACGUAUUGGUGUGAUCACAGAUGAUCACAUCAAACGUCUUGAGGAGGAGAAGGGCUCAUGGGCCCAGGAAGUGGAGGAUGCCGAGGUGCUAAAGCACCUCGAGUAUCGUAUCCAGGCCGCCAAAGGAGUGUGGCAAAGGCUAAAUGCCCCCGCACCCUCCAGUGGCGAGCCGGCCGUAACAUUACGGACCGGCUACCUGGCUCCGUCCUGGGUUCCUAAAACCCCUUAUGGUAACUUACACCAGAAUCUGAAAGGAUUAGAUGAAGAGACACGACUUGCAUCAGUGUCUAACCCAGGUGCAUCGUGUAGUGAAGCUGUGGAGUUUCCCUCCACAGCUUCCGCCAGGGCUGGUGAACUCACUCUGCCACCAACAAGCAAAGACCAACAGCACGAAAGCGCUCUUGACGAACCACCUAGUGCACACAGCAAACACGCGUAUGCAACCGUCGAUAAUUCCAUGCCAGGAAGCUGUGGAGCGAAAGCCAGGGUUGGAGAACUCACUCUGCCACCAACAAGCAAAGACCAACAGCACCAGAGCGCUCUUAGACGAACCACCUACUGCAUGAAUAACUGCUUAACGCCCCAACAGCAGCUGUUGUUAGCACUGCACAAUGGAAGUUUUUUAACUGUUGCUGGAAAUUUUGCUGGGGUUUCCAAAUCAACUGCAUCCAAAACAGUCCGAAGAUUAAAGAGUCAGGUUACGGAGAGAAAGUGGUCGGACGAAGAUGAGGAAGCGAGCGACAGCGCACCCGAUGAUUUCCUUAAAUUGAUACAGGAAUAUGUUGCACGUGAAGCUAGUAUAGUGGAGAAGAAUGUUCCUAUGGGUGGAGACAAAGUUAAGAUUUCCAAAGCUUUUGAGAUACCUAAUGAGAUUGUGUAUACUCAAACGCAUUGUUACGAAAUUACCUUGAAAGGAAAGAAUGAAGUGGUCAAAAUGGAAUAUAUAGGUGAAGGCAAAGUUGAAGCGAACAUGUUAUUUGAAAAUUCUUAA